AUGAACUACCGUGUGGAGAUGCCGUAUAAGCUUCCUAUUCCACGGUUACGACGCGAAAGACGGGAAAGCAGUGGGCGACGAACCAGCCAGGCUUGCGACUCUUGUCGACAACGAAAAAUCAAAUGUGAUGGCAACCGGCCUACCUGCUCUUUUUGUCAUGCCCAGGGCUUAAACACCUGUUUUUAUUCGGAUGCCAAAGCUGUCCGACAGCGAAAAGACCUAGAAUUGAUGAAAAGGAAGAUUGAGAACUACGAGGAGAUGUUUCGAAAUAUUUUAGGAGAACUCGAGGUAUCAACCGCUGACAAAGUUGCAAAGGCGCUCAAGAGCCCGUGUGGUGUGAACUCGGAAGAGCAUCAGAACAGGCCGUCUAGUACCUCGUCUUCGUCCUCGAUCGGCUCUUUGGACGCAAUGGAUGUUGUGAAGGAAGACCUUAAUCGGAGCGAAAAAAGCAGGGCGACUGGGCACAUGGGGAAGAAUUCAGAAGUUACGUGGAUGCAGCGCUUAGACUCAGAAGCUACGAAGCACAGUGACAAAGAAGCCCCUCGAAAUAUGACACCACGGCACCAGCUUCCAAUUGACGAUUCAAUUGCAUCAAUGAACUACAACCUCGAUUAUCAAACUAUCUCAAAUUUGAAGGUAACCAAUGCUUUCAUCUUGCCACCAAAAUCACUAGCGGAUCAAUUAUUCCAAAUUUAUCUGACGAAAGUUGACAUUUCUUUCCCAUUCAUUCGACGGGACCUCUUUAUUUCUCAGUACGACCGCUGCUACUCCGGGGGCCUUAUAAAUCCCGGCAGAAAAUGGUUGGCCAUUUUCAAUAUGAUCUUCGCCAUCGGGUGCGCUAUUUGUCGACUUUCUGAACAGAACCUACAGCAGGAGGCAGAUGAGAAUCUCUUUUUGGCACGGGCUAAAUCUCUGAGCCUUUCAGAGAGCGUUAUCUACGAUCAUGAUGAUCUACAGCAAGUACAGGCCGAAGCCCUGUUGGCGUUCUACUUCCUAGUCGUAUCACAGAUAAAUCGAUCAUGGAAAAUAAUUGGCAUUGCGGUACGCUCGGGUAUCGCGCUAGGGCUCAAUCUUCAGCAAAAGACAGGUGAGCAUGAUUUGAAAUCAGACGAAGCUCGGAAGCUACUGUGGUGGUCGAUUUUCUGCCUGGAGAAUGUUCUUUCUGUCAUGACCGGGAGAAUUUCCUGCCUCGGAAGUGCUUUCUGCUCCACACAUCCGCCACUUCUCGGGCCUGUUCUGGAGUCCGCAAGACCGGACAUCCACCCAUCAACCAACACACCCCAAUGGACCAUAGUGUUGGGAAAGAGGGAGAUGGCUUUCCAGAGAAACCUUUUACGGUCUCUGACUCCCAGUCAGCCCCUCUACCUUUUCUAUAUGGUAGACCUGUCUUUGAUCGCCCAUACCAUCACUAAUGAAGUAUAUGCGAUCGACAGUACCCGGGCCGGCCGAGCGCGAGUGGAAAGCCGUAUAGAAUUUUAUAGCAAGCAGAUGGAUUACUGGAUAUCGACUUUGCAUCCUUCGUUCAGUUUCCAAGACAGCCAAGGCAAUUUACAACUGAGAAUCAGCUCGCCCUUUCAAAUUUCUCUCGCCUUGAAUUACUACAGCGCCCGCAUCGUGCUUAAUCGACCUUGCCUCAACAGCCAUGUAUUUGGAAAGAAAAGCGGCUCACAGCCUUUUCGUUCCCGAUUUGCCAAUACCACCGCCCUUAACUGUCUCCGUGCGUCCUUGGCUGUCAUGGCACUACUACCAGAUCAACCAGACUUGGUUUGGUGUUAUGAAGUCCUGCAGUGGUGGGAUCUAUUACAUUUUCUUACUCAGGCAACUGUAGUAUUACUUCUCGAUAUUUCAAUUGGUCCAAUACCGACGAGGUCAGGUGAAAGGACGGUUUCUGUUGAAUCGUCAGACCUGGUUUGGACGAGGACGAAGAAAGGUCUUUCUUGGCUGCAUUGUCUGGGAAGGACUUCAGAGGCUGCUCGACGCGCAUUCCAGUUCUUCAGCAGCUGUAUUGGUCGCUUAGCUCCAGCGAAUGAUCUCGACCUGAGCGGCAUCCCUUCGACGUUUGGAUCCUUCCCAACCUCCCGCGAUCCGAGCCUUCCAUGGCUUCGAGACUCUCCGGAAAAGAAUGCAAUGGCGCCUCGGCAAAAGUCACAACCCUUGAAUGAUCAGGAGUUUUUAAAGUGGAUGGAUUCACGCAAUUUGUCUAUGUCUGGCAAUAUACACGACGACACACGAUCCCAGGGUUCAGAAGAGACUAUGUCUUCUUUGAGUAUAAUAUCAAGUACCUCAGCAGUGCUCGACGCUGACACAGAUAUGUCGGAGCUCAUCUCAAACUCUGAUACCAAUGUCGACGAUUUGCUGAUGUCCAUGGUGGGCUCUAAUGCGUCCUGGACCGUGAGUUCCGGCAGCCUUGAGUCUCUGGAACAAUUGCAUACAUCAGAAACAUAUCUACAGUAG